AUGUUCUCAGAAAAUUCCACUACUGGAGCACUAAGAGGAAGUGGCUUAAUCCAUUCGGCAACCCCAACUUCUGCCGGAGGCACUGCUUCCAUUUCUCGUCUUGGCAAACUUCAUGCCACUAGCAACUCCCGCUAUGCCACCUCUACCAGCACCUCAAGCGGAGGUGCCUCUGCUCCUUCUGGUUCGGUUGUGAUUGGCUUAUCUUCGGCUGCUAAUGCAUCAAACCCCUCUCGUGGAAAUCGUAUACAGCGGCAGCAAAAUAAUCGAAAGCGUCGGUCUGGUUCUAGUGGUAUCAGAGGUGGCAUUGAUGAUGACGACUAUGACGAUGAAGAUGAUGAAGAAGAUGAUAAUGAAAUCGAGGAAGAUGCCAAACUGGUUCCUGAUGAGGAAGAGGAAGAUGCUUUACCCCCAGUGCCUGGUUCUCCGGAAUCGGUAAAUUUUUUAAAACCCGAUUGUAUUCUCAUUUUUUUUGAUAAAUAA